AUGAAUAACCCUAUUGAAGAGACACCACGUAUCGAGAUCCUGCCAAUGCCGCAGAGAUCACAAAUCCAAAAUCAAACUGAAGAUUGGACGGGUACAAGCAAUACCCUGAUUAGGAGGAGAUUACAAAAUCGUUUAAACCAACGAGCUUCUCGUCUGUAUUCAUUUCAUGAAUAAACUACCUAACCUUUAUUAACCACUGCCUUAGGACAACGUAGGAAGCUGGAUCCGAGAAGACUGGAGGGACCCACUAAAAUCAUGGAAGCACAGUACCCUAAGAUUGUUGAUCCCUUCACAACACGUCUUUCAAAAGGAGAGAUGCACAAGGUGCAUAUAAAACACAUCCUCUCCUCUGAAACUUUCAAUGCAUAUCUCACCAAUCUUUGUAUUCCACCAGACUCAUACUUACUCUCCCUCCUUCACUACAACGUGGCGCGUGCAUUGAUCACGAAUGUAAAGAUCCUGAAACUCCCAAUCGAUCGUAUGGAGGAGGAUGAUAUUCUUUCUCCCUUCAACACCUCAUCACCACCUACACAACUACCAGCAACGCUUCAACCCACCAGAUUACAAAUCGAGAUAGCACAUCAUCCUGAAUUAGACAUUUUUCCAUUCCCGCCUUGUAGAGAUAAUUUCCUUUCUGCGAUAGCAAAAGGACAUGUCUGGGAUGAUGUGGAGUUUUGUCGUGAUAUAAUGUAUGGGGUAGAGGGUACAGAUGGGAGAACUGGCUUGAUUGUUUGGGGUGAUCCCUGGGUUGCAGGUAGUUGGGAGGUGGAGGAAAAUUUUGCUAGGAAAUGGGCCUGGUCGUUGAAAGGAUGUACAGAUUUAUUUGAAAGUACUAAUAAGUGGAGGGAUAGAAGAGGUGAGAUGGGACUCGUUUUUGAAGAGGUUCUUUGAUGGAGCUUCAAGCGGAUAAUUGAGAACUGGAAUCUCUGAUACAACUUUGGGGGUUGGAUAAGGAGGAGAGAUGUGUAUGAAAGCUGGUGCAAAUGGUCACCCUUCAGUCAAGGCAUGUCUAUACCCACCCGCCACGAAAACUUUCUCAAUGACGGUCAACGAUACAUAAGGCAUUACAGACACAACGCCCACUUAAGGCUCUUGAAUCAUUUCCAUCUCAUUUUCUUGCCCGCGCUGCAACUAAAUAAUUUAAUCGACCUACAUUAAAAUAAAAAAGUCAGCUCACCAUUAAAGUAGCGAAAUUGAAGCUAAUUUUGUGGAAGAGGAAUUGUACGGUACAGCUAAAAACUCUAAGCGAAUUGCGUCAAUUUCAGCGCCAAGAACACUAGACCAGGUCAUGACGACCAAGACCGAGCCUUCGACUGUGGGGUAACGAAAAGCUUCCACAGGAACCAAAGCUUUGAAGGAAAUUUCGCCAAUAUGGCUGUGUUUCAAUUAUGCCUUGUAAGGGUGACAGGCGUAAAGUCCGGAUCUUGCUAGGUGUUGGUCGACUUCUUUCUGUGUUUUAUGCACCUGUGCUGAAACUUGAGUUCUCGUUCAAGGAAUCGGCUUGCUGCUGAUUUCUCUAUUUGAUCCGCGAUGUCUGCUUCGUCUCGCACCUGCGCCUAAAUAUGACGCAAUAAGAAGUAACCACGGACUUUCUGUCGAUGUCGUAGUAACGUCAUGAAAUUUGGUUUUUGAGAACGAAAAGAUGGGACAAACGGCGAUGAAACUUGGAAAUGCGGGGUUGAGCCAUCAGAAAGUCUGCGAUCCGAUGCUGGCUUAUUGGUCUUGCGAUUAUAGGUUCGAUCUUGUUUGAUCAUGGGCUCUUUUUUCUGGAUAUUGAUCACGGUGGGAGGAGCGAAUAUACAAUAUUAUUGACUACGAGAAUGAUAGAGAUGAGGG